ACAAUCCAACAUCAAUUUCUCCACCAUUCAAGUUUGUUUCUCUCUCCUAUAAUUUUUUUGUAUGAUUUAUACCCCAAUUUCAUUCACAUUUAUAUUUCCUCUUCUUUUCUUUCUUAUCUCUAAGAAAGAAUAUACAAAGAGUUAAGCUUCAAGUAUAAGUAUUUUUUCCAUCUUUUUGAUUGAAAUAAACUCUGGGUUUUGUUAAUUUGCUGGAAUUUUCAUCUGGGUGUAUCUUAGUUUUUGAAAAUAUUGCAAUAUUGAGUGAGAAAUUUGGGAUUUUGUAGAGAAAAAAACAGAGUAGAAACAGGGAAUUGAAAAACAGAGUAAAAAAAGUUGAUAAGAUGAAAAUUCAGUGUGAUGUCUGUGAGAGAAAUCCAGCAACAGUAAUUUGUUGUGCAGAUGAAGCUGCGCUUUGUGCAAAAUGUGAUACAGAAGUUCAUGCAGCAAAUAAGCUUGCUAGUAAGCAUCAAAGACUUCAGCUUAAUUGUCUUUCUAGCAAACUUCCUAUUUGUGAUAUUUGCCAGGAAAAGACUGCAUUUAUUUUCUGUGUAGAAGACAGAGCCCUUUUUUGUCAGGAUUGCGAUGAAUCGAUUCACGCUGCUGCAACUCGCGCUGCAAACCACCAGAGAUACUUAGCCACUGGUAUACGGGUUGCCCUAGGAUGCCUCUCGAAGUGCAGAAAUGAAACUGAAAAGAAUUGCACAGAGCCAUCCAACCAAAAUGCACCACAAGUCGCCGUAAAACCACCAGUGCAACAGCCUCCUAACUUUUCACCUCCCCCGUCUUGGGCUGUUGAUGAUCUGUUGGAGUUCACUGAUUUCGACACUGACAAUAAGAAAGGACAGCUUGAGCUUGGAGAGUUCGAUUGGUGGUCAGAAAUGAGUCUGUUCGGCGAGCAAAUUCCUCAUGAAGCCUUAGCAGCAGCAGAAGUUCCACAGCUUCCAAUGUCAAUACCAAGCAACCAUACAAUGCAAUACAGACCUACCAAGACCAGCCUGCCCAACAAAAAGCCUCGGAUUGAGAUUGCUCAUGAUGACGACGAUGAAUACUCAAUCGUCCCUGAUCUUGGUUGAUAUAGCAGUCUGUUAUAUGGCCUCUUGCCAAUAACAAAGUUUUCAGUAACAUGAUUGCAAUGGUACAUUAUGAUAGUACGCAUGUGUAAAUGUUGCAAAUGUGAGAGCUGUAAAUUGAAUGAUAUGCUACUAUGAGGUUUGUAAAUUGUUCAUAAAUCUCUGAUUUGAGGGUAUGAACAUCAUCAGAUAGACUUAUUGGACAGUAAUAUCAGGAUUAUGCAUGAAAGACUUAUUGUUCAAUCGUUCUUACUGCAGGGACAAGCUUCCCUCAAGUGCGCGUUUAUCAGUAUGUGA